UUUUCUUGCUACUUUUGGGUCUUGUCCUUCUCAGUUUCAGAGCUGAGCUUAGGAAGUUGAGUCUCUGAGUGAGUAUUUAUGAUGCUCAAAUUAACGUUUCUCAUUAUUUUCAAUUUGCUGUACUUCUGAACAUUUAUUGAACUGGGAUUGUGUUUUCUUGGACAUUGGUGGAGCUUCAAAAUUUUUUUUGAAGCAUAGCUUGGGACUUUGUUUCUCCCUUUGUGUGUAUAUUGAGCUGAGAUUGUGUUUUCUUGGUAAUUUUGAAGGAAAGUUUGGAACUUUGGUUCUUCCUUUGUGUGAAUUGAAUUUGGGUUGUGUUUUCUUGGACAUUGGUGGCACUUUUUUUUAAAGGUAAUUUUGAAGCAAAGGUUGGAACUUUGUUUCACCCUUUGUGUGAAUUGAACUGGGAUUGUGUUUUCUUGGACAUAGGUGGAGCUUCAAAUUUUUUUUGAAGCAUAGCUUGGGACUUUGUUUCUUCCUUUGUGUGUAUUGACCUGAGAUUGUGUUUUCUUGGUAAUUUUGAAGGAAAGUUUGGAACUUUGGUUCUUCCUUUGUGUGAAUUGAAUUGGGGUUGUGUUUUCUUGGACAUUGGUGGCACUUUUUUUUAAAGGUAAUUUUGAAGCAAAGGUUGGAACUUUGUUUCACCCUUUGUGUGAAUUGAAUUUGGGUUGUGUUUUCUUGGACAUUGGUGGCACUUUUUUUUAAAGGUAAUUUUGAAGCAAAGGUUGGAACUUUGUUUCACCCUUUGUGUGAAUUGAACUGGGAUUGUGUUUUCUUGGACAUAGGUGGAGCUUCAAAUUUUUUUUGAAGCAUAGCUUGGGACUUUGUUUCUUCCUUUGUGUGUAUUGACCUGAGAUUGUGUUUUCUUGGUAAUUUUGAAGGAAAGUUUGGAACUUUGGUUCUUCCUUUGUGUGAAUUGAAUUGGGGUUGUGUUUUCUUGGACAUUGGUGGCACUUUUUUUUAAAGGUAAUUUUGAAGCAAAGGUUGGAACUUUGUUUCACCCUUUGUGUGAAUUGAACAGGGAUUGUGUUUUCUUGGACAUUGGUGGCACUUAAUUUUAAAGGUAAUUUUGAAGCAAAGGUUGGAACUUUGGUUCUUCCUUUGUGUGUAUUGAACUGGGAUUGUAUAUUCUUGGACACUGGUGGCACUUUUUUUUGGGAAAUUUGAAGCAAAGUUUGGAACUUUGGUUUUUCCUUUGUGUAAAUUGAACUGGGGUUGUGUUUUCUUGGACACUGGUGAUACUUUUCUUUGUAAAUUUGAAGUAAAUUGAACUGGGAUUGUGUUUUCUUGGACAUUAGUGGCCUUCUUUUUUUUUUCUUUUUUUUUUUGUUGGUAAUUUUGAAGCAAAGCUUGGUACUUUGGUUCUCCCUUUGUGUGAAUUGAACUGGGGUUGUGCUUUCUUGGGCAUUGGGGACUUUGAAACAAAGCUUGGGACUUAGGUUCUCCCUUUGUGUGAAUUGAACUGGGGUGUUGUUAGCUACCUCUUUUCCAGUUGUUUGGGAGCAGGCACAAAACUAGAAUCUUGUUCCUUCAUUUUCUCUACCUGUAUGGAUGUGUAAUGAAGUGGAGGCAUUUCACCAGCUGAACAAUCGAUCCCUCUCGUCGGAUCUUUGAAAGUGGCCAAUUGUUUGAUGUGUAUCUUAUAGAUUGUUAAUCUUGAGGAUCUUUUUAGUUUUAAGUUUGAUUCAUUUCCCAAAUAAUGGAUAUGGGUAGCAAGAAUGAUACUCAAGGACAUAAGAGGAACAAGGAUGCUACUAAUUUUCAGUCACCAAACAUAUCGUUGGACUGGCAAUUAAGUGGAAGCAACUUGACAAAUGCAUCAAUGGGGAUGAUCCCUAAUAGCAAUCCUUUGGUAGAUUCAGUUUUUCCCACUAUUUGGGAUCGGCCUCCCAAUUCGUCACACUUAGGUUUCUAUGGUAAUAAUAAUGCUAAUGCUCAAAUCAGUCCUUGCAUUAUGAAUCAGCACGAGACUGCAGCAAUUGGCUCGGUCCCUGCGAGAGGUAGUAUGAGUUGGAAUCCAUUGAAUUCGAUGCUGAAAGGGGCUAUGUUUGUACCCCCUAUUCCUGGAAUGAUUCCUCAAAGCUUAGCUCAGCUUCCAGCUGAUUCGGGUUUCAUUGAGAGAGCUGCAAGGUUUUCGUGCUUCAGUGGAGGAAACUUCAAUGAUAUGAUGAACCGGCCUUUAAGCGUCCCUGAGUCUACUAAGCCUUGUUCUAGGGGACCGGCACCAACGUGGAGAACCGAAGAGGUUCUUGCAAGCAACGGGUUAAACUCACCCUCUGCUGUGGACCCUCGGAAGCAGAACAUACGAAGUGGUGUUGAUGGUUCCAAAGAUGUUUCUUUACCUCAUGAGAACAAAACUCAUGAGCAAAGCCCUCUCAAGAUUGAGAAAAAGAAUGAAAUAUUUGCGAGGUCUCAAGAUGAAGGAAAAGAAUCAGUUGGAUUGUCUGGAAAUGAGUCUGAUGAAGCUGAAUGUAGCGGCCGUCAAGAGGAAAUGGGAAGUGCCGGAUUGGAGUCCUCCGCGAAGAGCCUUGGCUCAAGGAAAAGGAAAAAAUAUAGUCAGGGUACCGAGCGUGAUCGAAUGAAGCGAGUACAACAGCUGCCAGCUGAACCUGAUAAAGAACUAAUUGAAACUCAGAAAGGAGACGGAAGCUUACAUUCACCUUCUAGCAAGCAUGGCGGAAAAAACAGUAAACAGAGGUCUCAAUCUUCAGAUCCACCUAAAGAAGAAUACAUACAUGUUCGAGCUCGAAGAGGCCAGGCGACGAACAGCCAUAGUCUUGCAGAAAGAGUAAGGCGAGAGAAAAUAAGUGAAAGGAUGAAAUUUCUGCAGGAUCUUGUACCUGGUUGUGACAAGGUCACUGGUAAAGCUGUAAUGCUGGACGAAAUCAUUAAUUAUGUUCAAUCUUUGCAAAGACAGGUUGAGUUCCUCUCGAUGAAGCUUUCAACAGUAAACCCAAGGCUAGAUUUUAAUCUUGAUGGGGUCCUUACAAAAGAUUCACAAGCAGGUCCUUCGUCCGCACUUGCGUUUCCACCUGAUAAUAUGACCAUGACUUAUGCUUCUUUGCAUGGAUGGCAAUCUGGUCUGCUUCAAUCUGGUCUUCCUGGUGAUGGAAAUUGUAUUGAUGCGUUCCGUAGAUCCAUCACCCAAUUCUCCUCUAUGAGUGGUGGCUAUAGAGAUCCUUCAUCUCAGGUACCUAGUGUAUGGGAUGAUCAGCUGCAUAAUGUUGUGGAUAUGGGAUUCACUUCAACUGCACCCCUCGAUUGCCAGGAUUUAAGUUCUUUGCCACCCGACCAAAUGAAAACAGAACCUUGAAAUGUUUCAUAUCGUCAACCGGAUACACUUUCUGUUUCUAUGGGGAGUAAGUUGCAUAGAUCAUCGUAGCACUGAGUGAGUUAACAUGUUUGGAGAGUUAUCACGCAGUGAUAUCCCCAUCUUUCAGAAAGUGCUCCCCCUCCCCAUCGUCGAAGGAGUUCUGAGUUCAGUUGUACAGCAAGUCCACAAAAUGUUCCCUUUGUUAUGCUCAUUCUAUAUAGGUACAAAAAGUGGAGAUUUAUACAACAUGUUUGUGAGAUUAUUCCAUCAACACAUGCAAAUGAGGGUUCAAGAAUUUAUGCAUUCCGGAUACUAUAUGCAAGCCUCUCUACCUUCCGUGUACACUCUACACUCUCCAGAUCGUACAUUGUGAGUUACAUUGGAUAUUUUGUUGUUGUUGGUACUAUUUACAAGCUUAAGGGAGAAUAGCCAUUCAUGUUUUAGUUAUAAUUUGUUGUAUCAUUGAAAGGUGAAAUGGUUGUAGUACCCUUAAUAUGUAUUGGAAGUAACUUGAAAAAUGUGUGCUUUGUAUAAAAGAAAAGAAUGAAUAUAUAUAUGUAGUUCUUGAAUUUUCAUGUGUAUUUGAAUUAGUCGGUCAGUAAGUUUUUAUGUUA